AUGUGGAUCCUCGGCGUCGCAGCUACGUUUUGCGGGUGGUUCUUGCUUCAAGGCUCUGCGCUGCAGAUUCAGUGCUACCAGUGUGAGGAGUUCCAGCUGAACAAUGACUGCUCGUCCCCGGAGUUCAUCGUGAACUGCACGGUGAACGUGCAGGACAUGUGUCAGAAAGAAGUGAUGGAGCAAAGCGCGGGGAUCAUGUACCGCAAGUCGUGUGCCUCCUCCGCAGCCUGCCUCAUCGCCUCGGCCGGGUACCAGUCCUUCUGCUCUCCCGGGAAACUGAACUCCGUGUGCAUCAGCUGCUGUAACACCCCCCUGUGCAACGGGCCGCGGCCCAAGAAGAGAAGCAGCUCGGCCUCCUCCCUCCGGCCAGGGCUGCCCGCCACCCUCCUGCUCCUCACAGCCGGCCUCCUCCUGGCGCACUGCUGA